AUGCAAAUGCUUCUCGCAAAGGCGCUGCUCCUCUACUCCACUUGCCUCGUGCGCGCCCACUUCCAGCUCGCUAGCGGCGCCACCGCGGGGCCUCGCUAUGCCGACAUGCAGUCGGCGCUGGAUGUGCUCGACAUAACCCGCUCGCAAAGCGCCGACCGCGUCGCUCUGUGCGACCACCCGUUUUUUUGGGUCAAGUUCAUGGCCCCUCCGAACUACAAGCUGAUGGUCGGAGGGGUCGUGCCCGUGAUUGAACGCUUUUGGGAUACCCGCGUGGCGGCGGCCGUCAUUGGUCCAGGCCUCACCGGCGGGGAGGCGGCGAAGCUGCCACAGGCGAUUCAAGACCAAGUUCCCACGGGAAUGGGCGCCUACGCCAUCCCGGGAAUUCCCGAUCAAUCGUCGUGCUUGCCAGGCGGCGGCGGCGGCGACGGGUGCACGUGCCACUUUCUCGAGGACCGGGUGUCCCUCUUCUCGUAUAAGUCGGUCGGGCCCGAGGCGGCGCCCUUUGCCACGCAUUUCGACUGGCCGACGAAGCGCUGCCACUACCACGAGGAGUGGGCGGGCUCAGAUAUGUGGGUCGUGCAGGACAAGCACGUCGAGCUGGCGGCGCCCGGCCUGCACUACAUUGUGUUCUGGCCCCCCGGAGACCAGGUCCUCGGCCCGCCCACGGCCACCGCGAAGUUUGGAGCCGUCUUCGGCGACGUGGGCCAGUCUGAGGCGUUCCACGGCGCGAUGGCGCCGAUCAGCGACUGCGUGCAGACGCACAACCAGUUCAACGAGAACGACUGCCAUGCGGGAGGCGGCGAGGCAGACGCGGGAGGCGGCGAGGCAGACGCGGGAGGCUGCCCCCUCGAGGGGUGCCCCUGGAGCCCCGGCUGCAGCGAGAUCCCUGCUUGCCCUCGCCUCGCGCGGCGGCUGGCCGACGCGGUAAGCAACCAGUUCCCCCCGUGCGCUGGCUUCUACGGCGCGGCUUUCCCCAACGCCUACUCGUGCCUGGCGGGCUCAUCGUCGGACACCGCCGUGUGCAACACGCUUUGCGGCAACCAGGGCUCUUGCGGCACGGGCAACGUGAAUUGCGAGAGCCCCGACUCUCUCUGCGGCGCAACCUGCGCUCGAGCCGCCUGCGGCAUGGGCCAGGGCGAGGAUGGCGUGCAGGGCCCCGACGGCCCCGCUUGCGACAUCGACCCCUUGUGCGAGUCCGAGCGGCGGCGCAAGCGGUCGCUCCUGUUUGCCAGCAUAAUUGAUGACACCACCGAAGCUGACACCGAGGUCUGCCCAGCGACAUGCUCAGGCGAGUACCCGAUGGCCGUCGCGGACGGGGACGAGCACUCAGACGUUGGGAGCGCGCCCGUCCACUCGCACGGUCGCCCCAUCCAGUGCACGCCCAACUUCGCCACUGACCAAGUCCCCUGCGCCUUCGAGUAUGCGGGCAUCUUUGAGGUGCCCGCCGCCGGCACCUACGAGCUCCGGUUCGCGAAGGAGGGCGGCGUGUACGGCGCGGGCGACGCGUCGAUCAAGCUCGCGAUGAGUGGCCCGUUCGACGGAGUGCUCACCGAGGACGCGCUCAUCGCGGGGCACGAGAAGCUCGGCGGCUGCAACAUCGAGGUCGUCGAAGAAUUUGACUGGACGCAGAUGAUCCUGGGCGCGGACGGCGAAGACGCGGGCCAACCCGCGACAGGCGGCCCUCCCGCCGGCGACGUUUCGUGCCCCAUCCCGGGAUGCCCCGGAACAUCACCCGGGUGUUCGGCGGAGGGUGUGCCGGAGGCGUGCAAGGGCGGCCGCCGCCAGCUGCUCCAUUCGGGCAGGCCGCUCUUCCGCGGCCGCUCCAUGGGCGGCCACACCACUGGGAUGCCUGAGAUCUGCUGGGACGAGUCGAUCACGCUCCCGGAGUGCACCGGCGGCGAGAUGCCAGCGGGGGCGCAGGCUUGCAACCUCAUGUUCUCAAUGGGCGCCGAGUACUCCUCGCUCUACGUGGAGCUGCCCAGCCCGGGCGCCUACGCGUUUUUUGCGGAGCACGACAUGAACGAGUUCAAGGUUGACUCGCUCCACACGCCCAAUGGAAGCGUGCCGGUUGCCAUCUCAGUUGUUGGCGGCGGCCACGCUCACGCCCCCCACUGAGCGCCAUGGUUCGGUUCUGUCGUGGUGUACGUAGUACGUACGUGCUUAUACUCGUGCAGGACUCGUGCGGUACACUGCUUGUCCUACUUCAGUACCACCGAGCAGAAGCACCCCUGUCUGUGUCUGUGACUCUC